AUGGGUUCUACUCAAGAUGAAAUCAACGAUGCGAUCAAAAAUGGGACACUUGACGACAUUAAGAGCUUUGCAGAGCUUCACAAGCGCAGACAGAACUUCGAGACACAACUAGAGUUGCUACCCGAUAUUCAUCAUCGUGGCCGACUCGCUUUCGACACUGCCAUCGACGUAAACGUUCCGGAGUCGAUCAAAGCAGGAGUUCCAGUAGUUUCCGUUCUGCAGCGGGUGCUCGAUGCUAUCGGAGCGCUUUACGACGAAAGCACACGUCGCCAUGCAGAGUCAGUCCCAGAACGCGAAAGCACUACCGAGCACGAGUCUCUAGUGAAAGAUGCGACACCCUCCCAGCGACCUGACAACCAAAUUGAGCAGCCACGCGACCAGUCACAUGAGAUGGAAGAAGUCAUAGAAUCGAGCGAGCUAUUAGACUAUGACGAGCCAGAUAGCGCGGAAGAACAGUUCUACGAAGCCGAGUCAGACUACGGGAAGCCAUCCAAAGGAAAAGACAAGCUCAAGAGAGGCAGAAAGAAGACGAAAGACAUCGAAGCCGCCAGAAUUGCUAUCGCAGUGGAAGCCAGGCAAAAGAGAAUGCGCCUGACCCACGGCACGCCCAAUAGCGACGCGAAGAAUCCUAAGCGCCAUCUCUUCGGUCUCAAUUCUGAAUUGGGAGACACGAGCGCUACGCUUUCACCGACACCCUCAUCACCAACAGCCAAGAGCAGGAAAACGCAGUACAACCUAGCCGCAUCUCCGCGUCUUCGCACUCGAAGCAGAUUAUCUGAGCAAGCCGAGAACACACCCAGCAAACCGCCCGCCAACCUGCCACCUUCGAUAAAGGACAGCACGACUCCUACCGACCCACCAAGUCUCAUCGUCAAGCUCAAGACCCGUAAACCGUCUGCGCCCAAUCCAGUACACAUCUCAGGACCCAAUCACCACCCCAAGCGCAGACGUCCACCGAAACCAUACAAGAGUGCGGAAGUUGUAGACUCAGAUGACGAGGGCGAGGAAAUGAAGGAAGAGGCUCCCGCCAAGAGUAUCAAAGAGACAAAGCGAGCGACGCGCAAAGCUACCGGCAAGACUACGAGCAAGCUUAAGACACUUGUAUUUGGCAGAAAGGAAGCAGAGACAGUGGACCGAGACGACACCGUCGACGUCGAAAUGGCCGACCCGGAACCCAUCACGAGGAACGGUACGACGCGCGAGACCCGGCAGACGCGAAGCGGAAUGACCACACGCGGAAAGCAACCUACUAACCUCUCCAAGGCCAAGCAAUAUGCACGGAAGCCCAAACCACCAGCGCCGUCAGUCAAGAAGAUACGGGAAAAGGCUCCCGUAGCUCCACGGCCAAAGCGGAAUACUACAACACGGCCGCGAAGAGGUGCCAUGUCCUCACCCUUUGAGUUGUUCGAGCCGCCUCCCGCAGAAACCGUUAUGCCCGCAGAAGAGAAUGUCUUCUCGGACACGUGGUCAGACACCGCAGCCGUAUUACCAACCAGCCCUUCGCCUCCGCUCAUCGCUAAUACGCCUGAUUCACGGCCGAAAUCUGCAUCACCUCCCUCGAAAACCGACACGCCAUCUAUUACCUCUCCAGCAACCCCAAGCGCAACCACCCUCACACCCCAAACCUUCGCACCCUUCCCCCCACUGACCCCCCGCGACCUCACACCCUUCACCCGCGGCGCGCGCAUCGCGCUCGAAAACAUACUGUCAGACCACCAGUCCGAGCCCUUGACCAGCCUCAUCGACCUCAUCGAAGAACUAGACGACACACGGCCGAUCGUGAACGAUUGGGAACAUGUGACUGUCAUGAAGGGCGGGUGUUGGGUGUACCAGGUUAUGAGGGAUGUGUGGGAGGAGGUUGUGGAUGAGAGUGAUGAGGAGGAGAUGGAGGUGGAUGUUAAUAUUGAGGAGGUGGUAGGGAGGGUUGGAGGGUGGGUUGAUAGGGAGGUGGGGAGGUUAGGUGGGAUUGAGGAGGUGGAGUAG